CGCUCCCCACCGGGACACGAGGCUCAGUGGGCGGCCGGCUGCCGUCCACCGCCGCGGCGUCACCAUCGCGGCCAAGGGCGACGAAGACCUUCUGGCGCUGGCCGCCUCCCGGCUGAGCCGCAGGAAGCGGGUGGCCGGCGCGGCCAUCGGCGUGGCCAUGGUCUUGGUCCUUCUGGUGGCCAUCCCGCUGCUGGUCCACAGCUCCAAGGCGGCCGCGCACUACGAGAUGCUCGGCAGUUGCCGCAUGGUCUGCGACCCUUACCCUGAGCUGCCCGCCGCCUCCUCGCCGCCCUUCCUUCCCGGUGCCAAAGGCGAACCGGGACGCAAAGGCCGUACCGGUGUGCGCGGACCCCCUGGACCCCCUGGACCACGGGGGCCACCGGGGGAACCGGGUCGUCCGGGACCACCGGGGCCACCAGGACCGGGGCCCGGGGGGUACAUCCCAUCCUUCUACAGCCCCAAAAUCGCUUUCUACGCGGGGCUGCGGAAGCCGCACGAGGGCUACGAGGUGCUGCGCUUCGACGAUGUGGUCACCAACGUGGGCAACUACUACGAACCCUCGAGCGGGAAGUUCACCUGCCCCCUGCCCGGCAUCUACUUCUUCACCUACCACGUCCUCAUGCGCGGCGGCGACGGCACCAGCAUGUGGGCUGACCUCAUGAAGAACGGGCAGGUCCGGGCCAGCGCCAUCGCGCAGGAUGCGGACCAGAACUACGACUACGCCAGCAACAGCGUCAUCCUGCACCUGGACGUGGGCGACGAGGUCUUCGUGAAGCUCGAUGGCGGCAAAGUGCACGGCGGCAACACCAACAAGUACAGCACCUUCUCCGGCUUCAUCAUCUACCCCGACUGAGCCCCCCCAAAACCGGCCGGGGGGGGUCCCCAACUCCCGCUGGGGUCACCGUCCCCGGAGAGCUGCGCC